UCUGGCAAUGGAAACCCCUCAACUGUUUAGGUCACAGGAGAUCAAUCAAAGCAGCCUGUUUCCCUGAAGCCUUCAAUUCUCACUCGAAGAGGGAGGUGAAUAUUCAUCUAAUCUAGUUGCUGAAUCUAAAAAAUAUCAGCUGUGAGAUUUUUAGUGAAUACUGUUAAAUGCUUCUACUAUAAAGCAAGCACUCAGUAUUCAGCCUGUGAAUAAACCAUUUGGAGCUGAUUUGUGGCUGUACAAACUCUUCUUCCCUUAUUGUUCAGUUUUCCUGCUCUGCACCUGCAUUCCCUUUUUUGGAUGCACAAAUUAUAUCUUUCCUCAAAAUGCUUCCACAAGAAUUCCAGUCCAAAGUGCAGCUCUAAUCUCCCAUAUCGCUCCAUUUCCCACUUUGCUUCACACCAUUUCCUCGCGCAGUCUCCAUCUCCCCCGUCCGUCUCUGUUUUGAUCCCCUCCCUGCCAGGGAUGUGGGUGCCAUGGCAACUGCUGAGUCAUACUCUACCGUCUGCAGCCGUCCUCUAAUCCUAUCUCCUCCUGCAGCAAGGCCCUCCAUCAUCCAGGCCUGCAUUAGAAUAUUGAUUUGACGCUUCAAUUUGCUACAUUUGUUGCAGCGGUGUGAGCAGGUGAGUCCCAGAGGACACAGAGGUGCGGCAGGCUGAACAGCAGCCCUUCGGAUGGGUAACGUACCCACAACAGUGAAGCACUGCUUGAGCUAUGAACAAGUCAUCCAGGACUACCCAUGGCUGAGACGCUGGCUGCUGGAGGAAAAGACCAUUACAGGACAUGAGUAUCCUGAGUUUGUUAAAAUAGUUGAAGUUGGUCCUAGAGAUGGACUUCAAAAUGAAAAGGAAAUUGUUCCGACACGGGUGAAAAUCCAGCUGAUAGACAUGCUCUCAGGAACAGGCCUGCCUGUGAUCGAGGCCACCAGCUUUGUGUCUUCAAAGUGGGUACCGCAGAUGGCGGACCACACUGAUGUGCUGAGAGGAAUCCAGAGAGCACCUCAUGUUCAGUACCCAGUUUUGACACCUAACAUGCAGGGCUUCCAGGAUGCUGUUGCAGCUGGCGCUACAGAAGUGGCGGUGUUUGGGUCAGCGUCUGAAAGCUUCAGUAAAAAAAAUAUUAACUGCUCUAUUGAUGAAAGCAUGCUGAGGUUUGAGGAAGUCAUUAACGCUGCCAAAGAGCGACAAAUUCCAGUCCGUGGAUAUGUUUCUUGUGUUGUCGGAUGCCCACAUGAGGGACACAUUGAACCUUCCAAAGUUGCUGAGGUGGCAAAGAGGUUAUAUGAAAUGGGAUGCUAUGAGGUUUCUCUCGGGGACACCAUCGGCGUUGGCACUCCAGGUUCCAUGUUUAAGAUGCUGCAGAGUGUGAUGAAGGAGGUGCCCACCAGCGCUCUAGCAGUUCACUGCCAUGACACCUAUGGGCAAGCACUGCCGAACAUCCUUACUGCACUUCAGAUGGGGGUCUGUGUGGUGGAUUCUGCAGUAGCUGGCCUGGGAGGUUGCCCGUAUGCUCAGGGUUCAUCUGGCAAUGUUUCAACAGAGGAUGUACUCUACAUGCUCCAUGGCAUGGGCAUUGAAACUGGAGUAAACCUUGCCAAAGUUAUAGAGGCUGGUGACUUCAUCUGCAGGGCUUUAUGUUGCAAGACAAACUCCAGGGUUGCCCAGGCAAGUAGCAGGACACUGUGAUGUGUUUCAGCAAAGAAAUAUAUUUAAAUAUUUGACUCUGUUCCCUUUAAAGUAACAAUCUCGAAGAUCUCUGUUUCGUUCUCUUUGCUGACACCUAUGGCGAUAAACGGUAAUUGCAGGUGUGUUUUUGGACCUUACUUCCCAGGGAACAGUGUCGCCUGUGUGACGUCAGUAACUGUUUAUUCACAGUGCUAGCAGAGACCGGAAAAAACAGUAUGCCGCUUCACACACAAAUGAGUUGAAGAGCGAGUCUGUCGUGUUAGCUCCGCUUACCCUCUUUGGCAGACCAACCACUGCUGGGUGAUGGAAAACGCAUCACUAAGUAUGCGCUGCUUGAAUGUCACCACCGACACCCAGUUCGUAAUACUCAUAAUACUGCAAAUGCAAUGGCUUUCAUCAGUGAGCCAUAGGCUCAAUCACUAUAGUGUUACCUCAUUCGGCGAUAGGUAGUGACUUAACAGACAUUUAUGUAAAUGAAAAUCUUUGAGAUUAUUACUUUCAAGUGCUUUCCCUGUUGUUGCUGCCUUUAGAGUUGUUGCCUAUGCUACUGUAUUUGAAGUACAUUUUUCCUUGUUUAUAUUUCUGCUGGAAAUGUCAGAGGUAUCUCAACUAAAUAAUAUCAUGAGAAAGAUUCUGUUUCCAAACCACCUCUUUCAAUGUCAUUUUCCCACAUGGAGGCUGUUAGGAUUUGAAGGACCAUUAUGAUCCACUGAAUCACCUAAUUCAGGUGUGAUAUUCUGAGUUGUGUAUUUUUUUGGUUGGUAUGGUUCGACAGUACGAAGGAGCAAGGACAGAUCAGCUGGAAAAUGACUAGACGCAAAUGACUAAUUCUAUCAAGAUGAGUAUUCAUUUUUAUUUUACAACUUUGUCACAUUUAUUGGGCCUUGACAAACCCAGAAAAGGUCAGCCACUCUUAUUACUUUUCAACUUUGCAUAGCUCAGUGGCCUUAUAAAAAUAAAGCAACAGAAUAAGAAUUUAGUCUGCUUUGGCUACUUGCUGAACUCAAUUUACUAUCACCACAGGUGUUUGAUUUGUAUAAAUAGAGAGGACAAACUGCAAAAGAAAAAACUCCCUCCUGCUGCCCUGGAAAUUCUCUCAAAGCAUUUACUUCUCCGAAGACCUUUUCAGCUUUUCCUACCUGGCUAGACCAUGUAUGAAAAGGAAUUUCAAAGAAGGUUCCUCUCGAAAACCUACAAAACUACAAAAAUAACACAGCAGCCAUUUGCUCUCAGGAUUGCCAAAGAUCGUUUAAAAAGUGCCCCUUGAUAGUUUUUGCCAUGACAAAAAACCUUCACCAUGACAUAAGCUACUGAUUCAGUGUCUGUAUAUAGAAGUGUUCUGGGAGGAUCAUCUGUGCGAGUACUGUCAAAUGUGGUUGCUUUUCUCUCCUGCCUCUACUGUUUACA